GAAAUAUUUCAUCGAGCAGAUGGUGGGUUAAACAGUUAUUCAACCAAAAAUAGAAUUGCUAUUGCUAUUUCCUUAAAAUAAAAAUGUUUCGUAAAUUGUUGAGAGUGCGGUGUGAGAGUCUAGUGCGUCGAUGGGCUAGUACAGAUCCAUUGAGUUUUCAGAACGAGAAGCUGCAAUCAUAUUUGGAAUCACUGCGUCAAGAAUAUUAUGCGCUGCGCGUCAAUGCAGCCGGCAACGACAGACUAUAUGCACGAUUGACCCGUUUGGAUCCCGUUGUCAAUAGUCUGGAGAAGCACAGAGCCUUGCAGCGCAAUAUAACAUCAGAGAAGGACUUGUUAGCUGAGAAGGACGAGGAUAUGCGAGCGCUUAUGGAAGAGGAAAACAAUGUAUACACAAGUCUGUUGCGUAAACAGGAGGAGGACAUGCUGCAAGAGCUACUGGCGCUGUCCGAUGACGAGGAUUAUCCGGCGGUGAUAUUUGAGGUGAACGCUGGUGCCGGUGGGCAGGAGGCCAUGCUGUUUGCCCAGGAACUAUAUGACAUGUACACCAGCUACUUCGACCACAUGGGCUGGGAGUAUGAAGAGUUUGACCGUGAGACCACCGACAUAGGUGGACUGCGUCAUGCUAAUCUGCAGGUUAACGAUCCGGAGGCGUACAAUUGGCUGCGCUUCGAGGCGGGGGUACAUAGAGUGCAACGUGUGCCGGCCACUGAGAAAUCUGGACGAAUCCACACCAGCACCGCAUCCAUAACUGUGAUUCCAAGGCCGGCUGAUGUGCAAGUGCAAAUAGCAGAGCGGGAUUUGAAGAUUGAGACGAAACGUGCCAGUGGCGCUGGCGGACAACACGUAAACACCACAGAUUCUGCCGUUCGAAUUGUACAUUUACCCUCGGGAUUGGCUGUUGAAUCACAAUCGGAGCGGUCUCAGCUGAAAAAUCGCGAGGUGGCGCUUAAGCGACUGCAGGCGAAGCUUAUACACCAGCAGCUGCAGAGUGCUGAGGCGACUAAAAAGGCUACCCGUAAGGCACAGCAAGGGAAUCUGAACCGCAACGAAAAGAUUCGCACAUACAAUUUCGUGCAAGAUCGUGUAACAGAUCAUCGAGUACAGCAGGGUGGCACUUUGCACAAUCUUCCUGGCUUCCUGGAGGGCGGUCAGCAGCUGAGCGGCUUAAUUGAGCGCCUCCAGUUGGAACACCGCAAACAGGCUCUAAUGGAGCUACUAGAAACGUGGCAGCCGCCGCCACAGGAAGCAGCAGAUAAAAACUAAAUAAUUGUUAAUUGUUAAAAUAGGAAAAGCUUAAUAAAAAUAACUUUAUUUUAA